GUUUGUCGGUGGCACCGGCGGCUGCCGCUGUCAGUGGGGCGGCUGCGUCCCAAGAUGGCGCCGGCGGCAGCAGCGGCCGCGGGGCGCGGGGCCGGGCCGGGCGGAUGGAACUGCUGAUGACGGUCCGGAGACUCGCCUCCAUCUGUACCAUGGGCACCAAUGCCUCUGCUUUGGAGAAAGAGAUUGGUCCUGAACAGUUCCCUGUGAAUGAACAUUAUUUUGGCUUGGUCAAUUUUGGCAAUACCUGCUACUGCAACUCAGUCUUACAGGCACUUUAUUUUUGUCGUCCGUUUCGGGAAAAAGUUUUGGCGUACAAAGUGCAGCCUCGGAAGAAGGAAAGCCUCCUGACCUGCCUCUCUGAUCUCUUCAACAGUAUUGCUACACAAAAGAAGAAGGUGGGAGUCAUCCCACCCAAGAAAUUUAUUUCCCGAUUGAGGAAAGAAAAUGAAUUAUUUGAUAAUUACAUGCAGCAGGAUGCACACGAAUUCCUAAACUACCUACUUAACACUAUUGCUGACUUACUCCAAGAAGAGAAAAAACAGGAGAAGCAGAAUGGCAAACUCCAGAAUGGCAGCAUUGAGAGUGAGGAAGGAGGCAAGAGUGAUCUGACGUGGGUCCAUGAAAUCUUCCAAGGAACACUAACCAAUGAAACCAGAUGUCUUAACUGUGAGGCUGUUAGUAGCAAAGAUGAGGACUUUCUGGAUCUGUCGGUUGAUGUGGAACAAAAUACAUCUAUUACACACUGUCUGAGAGGAUUUAGUAAUACAGAAACUCUGUGCAGUGAAUAUAAAUACUAUUGUGAGCAGUGCCGGAGUAAGCAGGAAGCACAGAAGAGAAUGAGAGUGAAAAAGUUGCCCAUGAUUUUAGCUCUGCACUUAAAAAGGUUCAAAUACAUGGACCAGCUGCACCGCUACACCAAACUCUCCUACCGUGUAGUCUUUCCCUUGGAGCUCAGGCUCUUCAACACCUCAGGAGAUGCUACAAACCCUGACAGAAUGUAUGACCUGGUGGCUGUGGUUGUUCACUGUGGCAGUGGUCCAAAUCGUGGACAUUAUAUCACCAUUGUGAAGAGCCAUGGCUUCUGGCUGCUGUUUGAUGAUGACAUUGUGGAGAAAAUUGAUGCCCAAGCCAUUGAAGAAUUCUAUGGGUUAACAUCAGACAUUUCCAAAAACUCAGAAUCUGGAUAUAUCCUCUUCUACCAGUCGAGAGACUAAAGAUAAUGUGUACAGAUAAAAAAGGGAUCAAGAUAUGUCCAAAUGGAACGUAUUUGUGGCAGCAGCAGCAGCAGUUCCUCCUUGUUGCUGUAGGACCAGGAGAGAUCCAGGGGGGAACAAAAGUUUCUCCCUGCCAUUUUGUGGGGGAUUAGUGCUGACUGCUGCAACAAGAAGAGCUCUUGUUCCAGUUUUCUUUCUGGGCUUUUUUUUUUUUAAAGUGCUAUCUUCCAAAAUCUGUGUUACCUCUACUUGAAACCUGGCUGCUUAUUUGUUUGUGGACUGAAGAAGAGAUUUAAAAGUAGCAUUGUAGGAUUUUUGACCAUUUAAUGUUGGCCUGAGGCUAUACCUUGGUUUCUGCCAUCCUGGUUUUUCUGUAUUUUAGCAGAAUGAUUUCAAUAUUCAGUGUCAGCUGAAGGCAUAUUUUAGGAUAUGAGCAGCAGCUGGUUGCUGGAUAUUUUUGGUGACUCAGACUUGAGAAGCAGUACAAAGCUAAGACAUAUUGGAAAUGUCAAGUCUGUAAUUUUUAUAAAAAAAAAAAAAAAAAAAAAAAAGAUACAAAAAACCCCAAAACAAACACCAGACAAAAAGCCUCCCUGCAGCAUUGUAAGUUUCCCUGUUAUGCAUUAUCUGGGGCUUAGACAACACGAGCAGCACUGCUUCUUUUUUCUAUUUUUAUUUUUAUUUUUACUGUUGUGUUUCUUCUCCAGAAGGUACAGGGCUUCACCCACACGCAGCUUUAUCGACUGUGCAUUUUUCUUUGGAAGUUGUGACUCAAAGCCACCUUGCUGCAGACCCCAGGGGAGCAGAGCAGCAGUUCUCCCUUUGGAAGAACCUGUCUGGCAACCAGUUGCUGCAGAAGGUUGGGAGCUGCAGCUUUUCUUGGAGCUCUUGCAUAAACCAAAAGUGCCCUCAUUCUGAAGCAGGAUCUGCUCCACACUUGGUGUCAUCUGCAGUGAAACUGAUGCAACUCUCCUUCUGAAUCUAUGCUAAUCCACAGGAAGCACCACUAACUGGGAAGGGUUAACCAAGGGAAAGCAUUAGUGGUGGAACUAAUCCAGUUGGUUUUGUAGCCUUCAAGAUAACCAACAAGUAAGAAGGAAACCAAACAAACCAACCCAGGCAUUGCCUUGCUGAGUGUUCCUCAUCUGGUAGUACUGUUUGUGUCCAUCUGGGAAUCACAACACCCCCUUAAAAAUGCUUUUGAUUGUUUUACCUCUCUAGGCCUUGCUUACCAAGGGAAAUGGGGAGACUUGUGAAGACUGAAAUAUGACAUAAUUAUCCAUUACGUGUGUGUGUGUGAUAACCUCAAGGAUAACUCAAAGAAAAAGACUUGGGGAAUUUUGUGAGGAAUCUCAGAAAAAACCUUCUGUUAAUUUUCUCUCUGACAAGUCCUGUUGCUGUGCCAAAGCUUCUUGUAGCUGGCUUUAAACUCCCCUUGGAAAUGGGGAUUUUUUUUUUCUUCCUUCAUCUUGUGAGGUGACAGGAGAGCUGUUCCCUCUGUGUGCUUGUUCCCAGCACAGCCCUUCAUGGUACCAACCAGUGGUGGUUCUUCUUGAGGACAUUUAACUUAUGCAAUUCUGGGGCUUGUACAGGACAUAAAAAUAUUUUUACCAAAAUAUUGUCCUCAGGAAAAAAAACCCCAACAUUUCACAAAGAGUUUCUUGGCGUGGCUGUUGUGUGUCUUUUCUUCAUGGCCAGAAAUGUCAUGUUAGCAGUUAACUCCUGUCUUCAAAAUGCAAGUUAAUCAUUACCAUUGUAUUCCAGCUGGCUUACAGGUUCCAGUCUCCUGGCACAUCACCUCUUCCAGAAGAUAAAAUACAGAGAUAGGGUUUUUUAAUGAUUUUUUUUUUUUAUCCAGAGUACUGUCAUUUAAAGAGACACAUUCAGUGGCAGCAAACAUUCUUGUCAUCUUGUUCCUACUGUGUGAAUAUUGUUCCUGGCUAAGAGUCUUCUCUUGUUCACACACCAAGCUGUGAGUCCUCUCCAGAGGACUGUCAUCACUAAGGCUUGCAAAAAAAAAACCCAACAAACCAACAAAACACAAAAAAAUAAAAAAAAACAAACCAGAGGGGGAAAAAAAAAAAAAGAGAGCACUGAGUAAAAAAUCAUCUAAACAGUAAAUACAAAAAUUAAUGUAGUCCACUAGACAUGUAUUUUGUAUAUCUGGUGAGAAGUUUUUACAAAUAAAAUACCUGACUUGAGAGAGAAUAUGAAAAGAUAUAUACUAUAGAUUAAAAGCUGUUCAAAGUGCACUUUUGCUACAGAUGUAUAAGGAGACUCAAAGGAAUUAAAAUCAGAAGAGAAUGGUGUGAUGGUACUUCUGUGUAAUAAAUGACCCCACCUGUCUCCAAUAAAGGUCGUGGAUGAUCAAAUGCAA